AUGUCUCCGGUCGAACCCCUCUCUGGUGGUGGUGGUGGUGCUGAUUCCUUAGAACAACGACUCCUCCUCGAUCGCAUAUCAUCCAAGCGCAAAUUGGACGACUAUGGCCCCGCCGACGAAGACGCCCUAUCCUCUGACUUGGUAACCGUCAGGAUGAGGAAGGACGAAUCCAACGCCGUCGAUUCUUCCGACAAACAACAACAGAACUCACCACCGCUUCCUCCUCUCCUGCUGCAGCUAUCUCAACUUGAACCUAGGGCCUUCGAUGCCAGAUUGCCCACUUGCUCUUCAAAUCAUAGCCCCCAACAACAACAACAACAACAAGACCCUCCUUCAAAUCAUAGCCUCCCCCCCGUCUCCAGCAGAAUACAAUUCUUCGUUCGAAUGAUUCCCAGAGGUAAUACACUUGUACUACACGGCAAUUCUGACGAUACCGUCAAAUCGGUACACCAGACAAUUGAGUCCAUCACUGGAAUCCCCUUGCAGGAGCAGCGACUCAUUUAUAGCGGGAAACAACUGCAGUGGGACCAGUCCUUGUCCCAAUGUAUAGAGAAGGAUGCAGGACUUCAAUUGGUAGCUCGUUUGAAGAGUACCCACUACCCUCGAGCCUGGCAGGUCAUCGACGAUUUGAUUUCCAUAAUAUGCAGGCUCUGCAAGGGCGAAUUGACUUCCCCUUCCAGGUUCGUCAAGUCCAGAAUGAUGGAAUUCUUGAAUAUCACUGCAAAAAGUCAUUUUGAAGCCGCACAAGGACAUCUGCGGGUCUUCAUAUCCUCUGAUGUACCCUCCGCAUUGCUUAUGCUCUACACCUCUCCCCGUAAAGGUAACAGGGAAUGUGCUGAAGGUUCUAUCCGUCAAUUUCUUAAUUCAUGCCGCACCGUCAUGCCCCUGCCUUUACAGCCCUUGUGUGCUCCCAUUGUCUUAGAAUUCUGUAAGCUGCUGGGUAGAACCUCUCACGAUUCCCUGUAUUUUCUCUGUAGAAGUAGUCUGGGCUCAAUGGUAGAGCGUGUGGGUAUAGGAGGAGGCCAUGAGCUGAACGAGAUUGUUACUACUGCUGCUACUACUACUACUACUUACCCAGGAAGAAGCGGGACCAUCUCAAUGCAAGAUAUAUUCCCAUUCUUUAAAGAGCUUGCAGAUAGGUUGUCUAGUGAUCUUCUGUCAACCAUGGAACAUUCCGCCGCUGUCGGGCUGCUGCUAAGCGACAUCAAUGACUUUAUAGCAUUCUUGCUUCCCUUGCGAACUGCCAUGAGUUUAGGGAAUAACCCCUGCAGCAUACCUUUUGAUGAGGAAAACUGUAAUCUUGCCUAUUACAGUGGGGAGAUUAGGUCUCUUCAUGACAUCUUCAUUGAUUUGUUAGGCAAAAUUGACCAAUGUCUUCAGAAAAUGGAGGAGCGCUUGGCUGCAAAGGAGACAAGUCAUCUUCCCUCCCCUGGUUGGUCCCAUUAUCUUACUAUUCUAAAGGAGUUGCAUGGCAUCUCUAAGCUUUAUAGAGGGGCUGAUGAACAUUUUUGGGAAAAUAUGAGAAAAAGAAAGGCUGCUGUACGUUACCUUAUUGUUAACUAUGCUAAGAGGGAUGGUGACAACAACUGGUUCCUUGAGCGUAAGGAGAUGACUGAUUUCGAGUGUAGAAGACAUUUGACGUUGUUGAUGCUUCCUGAGCUGAAGGAUGAGUAUGAAGAGCUGCAUGAAAUGCUUAUUGACCGGUCACAUUUGUUGGCCGAGUCAUUCGAGUACUUAGCUCAUGCAGAUGCUGAAGCAUUACGUGGUGGACUGUUUAUGGAGUUCAAAAACGAGGAAGCUACAGGCCCAGGUGUAUUGCGAGAAUGGUUUUUAUUGGUAUGUCAAGCCAUUUUUAAUCCUGAAAAUGCCCUUUUUGUGGCCUGCCCAAAUGAUCGUAGAAGAUUUUAUCCCAACCCAGCAUCGAAGGUGGACCCAUUGCACCUGGAUUAUUUUACCUUUGCUGGCAGGGUGAUUGCGCUGGCUCUAAUGUAUAAGGUGCACGUAGGCAUUGUUCUUGAUCGCGUAUUUUUGUCACAGUUGGCAGGGAAUGUCGUUUCACUGGAAGAUAUUAAAGAUGCGGACCCAUUAUUGUACAGUAGUUACAAGAAGAUACUGGAGAUGGAAAGCGAGAUAAUGGAUUCGGAGGAGUUGGGAUUAACUUUUGUGCAAGAGAUUGAAGAAUUAGGAAUGAGGAAAACGAUAGAACUAUGCCAUGAAGGGAAAAAUAGAGGUGUAAAUAGUAGGAACAGGGAAGAGUAUAUUAAGCUUCUUAUUGAGCAUAACUUUGUGAAAUGUAUCGAGCAGCAGGUAGAACAUUUUUCAGGAGGGUUUUCGGAUAUUAUGUGCGAUUCAAAGCUGAAAAGGUUAUUUUUUAAGAGCUUAGAGGUAGAGGAUCUUGACUUGAUGCUGCACGGUAGUGGAAGUGAGAUAUGUGUUGAUGAUUGGGAGGCGCAUACAGAGUACAAUGGAUAUAAAGAAAGCGAUCCGCAGAUCAAUUGGUUCUGGAAGAUAUUAAGAGGUAUGUUGGGAUCGGAAAGAAGGAUACUGCUGUUGUUUUGGACGUCGGUGAAAUAUCUGCCAGUAGAGGGGUUUGGGGGUUUGGGGUCACGGCUAUACAUAUACAAGACAAGAGAGUGUAAUGAUCACCUUCCAUCAUCUCAUACAUGCUUCUAUAGACUCUGCUUCCCGCCUUAUCCUUCAAUGGAUGUAAUGAAGGAUCGACUGCGAAUCAUCACUCAAGAUCAUGUGGGCAGCAGCUUUGGUACAUGGUGAUUCGAUUGUCAGAUAAUCGACAACUCUCAAAAGACUAGUUCAUUUCAUUUAAUUAGGUUGUUUUGCUGCUGCUGCUUGCUUCCUUCCUUCCUGUUGUUAAGGAGUAGUAGUAAUAAGUAGUACAUAAAGAAGAAUAAGAACAAGAAAAAAAAAAAAAAAAGGAUUUUGUUACCCACCCAUCUCUCUCUGUCACUUUGUCUGUCUGUCUGUCUGUGUACAGGACAAACUAUAUAUAUAUAUAGACUAUAAUAGGUGAACAAGUUUUUAGUUGUUUGGUUCUCUCUUUAUGAAAUAAUGGUGUUAUCUCUC